AUGGAAGAGGACACAGAUGGAGGCAGGGCUAGUCCUUCAGCCAAGUGCGUAUACUUUUAUAGACCAGACUCGAAUGCACUAGCAGACGAGCUAGAAUGCGAAGGCACGGAAGCAGAAUGCGCCGACAAGAAGUACGAUGGCCAGCACAUGUUCACCGGAGACGAUUGGCCGUACAUUAUAGCCACACCGGAUUGCAAGCCAACAUUUGAUGACACUGUUCCCGAAGACAGCCCACUCCGUGAUGACGGGUUUGUCCAGGUUGACAGCGAUGGUGUGGUAACCAUAGGAGGACUGCCUAUAUACCAGUACCCCGAGGAUGACGCCGACAACUGCCUUUGCAAUUUCGGUCCAUGGGCUAGCGUUGGACCCGAUGGAGCGUCUCCACAAUUUGAUGUCAGCCAGCGCACUUGA